UCAGCCCCUGAUAAGUUGCCACGGGACUUGCCCAGACUGGCACCCCAGGUAUUGACACACAAGUAAAAUUCAGACCUGUUCCGACUUGCGCAGAUUUCCCUCUAGGCAAAGAACCGAGCAGCCUCUUAUACAAUCCUCCUCCUCUGCUUCCUCUUCCUCCUCCUCCUCCAGACCUGGCUGUGGGAGGCUGUCCUGCUUCAUCACCACAUUUGGGGACACCGUCCCCCACCAACACUGGGUGAGAGGGAAAGGUCCAGGGCUGGUGCUGCUGACGGUGUCUGCAGGGUUCCACCAAAUCCAGCUCCAUAGGGCAUGGGGAUCCACCUGCUAAGGGCACAGCAGAGGCCCAGGCACAGGGAGUGAUGCAAAGCAAAGCCGGGGAUUACAAAAAUUAAAAUCCAGGAGGACAAAAUUCACCCCGGGUGCUGCCGCAAUCCUGGCUCUAUAAAUGCGGCCCGAGCGCGGCUGGCACGGGUGGAGCCGCUGCCGAGGAUGUGGCUGUACGCGGUGGCGGUGCUGCUGGGGCUGUUCCUGCUGCGGCGAUGGCACCGGGAGCGGCAGACGGUGCCGCGGCUCUCGGAGAAGCACGUGCUGAUCACAGGAUGUGACAGCGGCUUCGGGAACCUGCUGGCACGGCAGCUGGACGCGCGCGGGCUGCGGGUGCUGGCCGCCUGCCUGACCGACAGCGGGGCCGCGCAGCUGCGGGCGGCCACCUCCGACCGGCUCCAGACCGUCCUGCUGGAUGUCACCUCCAGCAAGAGCAUCGCCGAUGUCACCGCCUGGGUCCGGGAGCGUGUGGGUGAUCAAGGGCUCUGGGGGCUGGUGAACAACGCAGGGAUCGUCAUCCCCACCGGCCCAAACGAGUGGCUGACCAAGCAGGACUUUGUCAAAGUGCUGGAUGUCAACUUGAUCGGGGUCGUGGAGGUGACACUGAGCCUCCUGCCGCUGCUGCGGCGGGCGCGGGGCCGCGUGGUCAACGUGGCCAGCGUGAUGGGCCGUGUGUCCUUCUUCGGUGGUGGGUACUGCAUCUCCAAGUACGGCGUGGAGGCUUUCUCUGACAGCCUCAGGCGGGAGAUGCGUCCCUUCGGGGUGCAGGUCUCCAUCAUCGAACCUGGAGGCUUCCAGACGGGAAUUACCGACCCCGCAUCGCUGGAAAAGGUCUUCUUUCACCUCUGGGAGCGGCUCCCGGCAGAAACCCAGGCAGCCUACGGCCACCACUACCCGGACAAAUCCACCAGGAUGACCGAGGUGACCACUGUCCCCAUGGAGACACGCACUGUCCCGAGCGAGUAUGCGGACUACCACAACUUCUCUGAGCUGUUCUACCUCCUGAACCACACCUACACCUACUGUGAGUUCAGCCUGGAUGAGAACGUCAAGAGGGUGAUUCUCUUCAUCCUCUACCUGGUCAUCUUUGUGGUGGGCUUGGUGGAGAACCUCCUCGUUAUCUGGGUCAACUGGCAGACCCGGGGCAACAAGAGCUUGGUCAACCUGUACAUCAUCAACAUGGCCAUCGCUGACCUCGGGGUGCUGCUCUCGCUGCCCAUCUGGAUGCUGGAGGUGAUGCUGGAUUACACCUGGCUCUGGGGCAGCUUCCUCUGCCGCUUCACCCACUACUUCUACUUUGCCAACAUGUACGCCAGCAUCUUCUUCCUCACCUGCCUGAGCGUGGAUCGCUACGUGACCCUGAGCAGCUCCUCUCCGUUCUGGCACCGGCACCAGCACCGCGCGCGCCGCGCGGUCUGCGCCUGCAGCUGGCUCCUGGCCGCCGCCAUCCCCGUGGUGGAGGUGACUCACAUGCAGCUGGUCAACACCGGGGAGCCCAUCUGCAUCUUCAUGGCCCCCUUCGAGACCUACGACGAGUGGGCGCUGGCGGUCAGCUUGGCCACCACCACCAUCGGCUUCCUCAUCCCCUUCCCCGUCAUGGCGGUGUUCAACGUGCUGACGGCGCGCUUCGUCCGGCGCACCAAGCCCGAGAGCCGCAAGCACUGCCUGCUCAUCUACGCCUACAUCGGGGUGUUCCUGCUCAGCUGGCUGCCCUUCCACGUGGUGCUGACGCUGCUCACCCUCGAGGGCAACCACAUCAUCCUGAACUGCACCUUCGCCCACCUCCUCUACUUCUUCUACGACGUCAUAGACUGCUUCACGCUGCUCCACUGCGUCAUCAACCCCAUCCUCUACAACUUCCUCAGCAAGAACUUCCGCAGCAAACUCAUCUCCGCCGUGGUCAAGUACAUCCCAAAGGACCACGGUGGCCAGAAGGGCGCCGGCAGCUCUUCCUCCAGCACGCAGCACUCCAUAGUCAUCGCCAAGGACAACAGCCCUCCCAACUAAGGGGGGUCGGACUCUCCCAGCCUCCGUCGUGGUGGCUCUUUGGGGACAGUGGCAUCGGUUUUCCUGUUGCUGAGGACACAAUUUGCUCUGGCACGGCCCUUCUUGGCUGGGCACCUCCCGUGGCAGGAUGAGGUGCGAGGUUUGAGGAGAGCUGGGAGCUAUGGACAUCUUGCCUCUGGGGUGCUGCUGUGUCCAAACUAAAGAAAGGAUAAAAUUAUAUUCCCUGUUUGACAAGUGAAAUAAUAAAGCCUGUUACUCCACUCAGUGUCUGACACGAGCCAGCCCCGAGAUCAGAUCAGAUCCUGCCCCAAGCUGUGGGGUGGAGAGCAUGAUCUGCCCCAUCUCAGGUGUUCCUGCAUCCCCAAACUGUCCCUGACCCUCAGCCCCGGGCACGGCACUGCCUGGUGAGUGCCAUCCCGAGUGAGAGAGAAGGAAUCGUUCCUUUGGGACACAAACCUCCCCUCGCUGUGCCCAGCAACAUCCAGAGCCUGAUUUUUGAGAGAUGAAGGCGAAGCAGCCCAAGGAGCUGAGCAGGACACAGACCUGAGGGGAGGAACAAUUUGGAUUCCACAUCAGCCACUCCUUCAGAACAAUUUUGCAAACCCAGUGGUAAAUUAGCGAUGGCUAAACUGGGUUUGACUGGCAAGGGCUGCUCCAGACUGACUCUGGGUUCCCCAUCCUGUUAACUCCAGCCUCCUCUGGAGCAUCCCCUGGCAGGUUUUUGUGGCCACUGGGUGCAUUUCUCAACUCCAUCAGGCUCCAACAGCCCCUUCCCCUUCCGCCAAAGCCCCUGUGGCAGCACAGGCACGUGCAGAAAACCUUGGAGCUGGAGCACGGGCUGGGCUUGUGCUGUGCAAGGAACUGGAGCAUCCGGAGAAAGUUCAUUCUUAUCUGGAUCCUGAUCUGAGUCACGUGCUGCGGGCUGAGCCCUCGCUGGGGGAAGGUGACAGUGACAGGCACCGGAGCCCAUAAAUCUACCAAAGGCCUUGAGCUGCUCGAGGAACACGUCGUGGAAAAAGCAAAGCGUAAGCAGUUCUGGGGACAGGAUGCUGGCACAGGGGGAGGGAGCAGGAUGUCCCGGGAGAAGUCCAUGACCAGGGGUUAAGAUGGAUACGGGGUUAUCGUGGGGCUGGCUGGGAAAGCUCUGCCAGUUCCAGGGGUUCUUGAUGGG